AUGUUACUUCAACUGACAAUAGGAAGCUCUAUUCUUUUUGCUGAGUUUGCAAACAACACUUCUGCUGAUGGACUAAGAGAAAAGCUUUCAAAUAGUUCGAUAACACUUGAUAUUUCGGAUUAUUCUAAAUUUGAAAAAGUUGGUGAACUUGGCUUCACACUCCCUAGGAAUGAUGAAGAUAUCACAACCCAAUAUGGUGAUUUAAUCCUAUAUUUAGGAAAACGAUUUGUUAUUUAUUAUGAUGUGAAUCAUUGGUCAUUGACAAGAUUAGGGAAAAUCAUGAACAUAACACAAGAUAAACUUAAAUCAAUAUUAGGUGAAGGUGAUGUCACAGUAACACUAUGCUUAGCAGAAAAUUCCUCAAUCACAACAAAAUGCAAUGAAUCACCGGUCAAACCCAAUAGUAAUAACCACAAAACAACAAUAAUUAUUGUUUGCACAGUUGUUGCAGUUGUUGUUGUUGUAGCUAUUGUAGUUAUCAGCAUCAUAAUAUAUAAGAAGAGAAAGAACUGA